AUGCUUGCUGCGAGAGAGUGGUAUGACAAUGCUGAGUUGGAGAAGAGUUUGGAGGAUUCAUUAUAUUGCUGUGAUAUUGAUAACGAGAGAAAAAUACAGACUGAUGAGGUAUAUGGUGAUAUUGCGAGAAUAUUUACCGAUGAUAAGUUGAUAUCUGUUCAAGAAGAAGGUAAUAUGAUACUCCAUCACGAAUCUAAG